UUCUUUUUUUUCAGACUGCAGAUACUUCAUAAACUAGAUAUCAAGGUCUGAACUGCAGAAUAUCCUUCUCGGUCAGAUUAUCAGAUUGUCUUUCAAUAAUGUUACAUUUUUGGGUUGCUAUAAUUGUUCUGUUAGUGACAUUUUUCUUUUGGAAAUGGAAAAGGCCAAGACAAUUUCCCCCAGGACCAUGGGCUGUACCUAUUAUAGGAAAUUUUCUACAGUUAAACUACAGGAACCCUAUUCCAGACUAUGAAAAGCUGGGAAAACAGUUUGGAAAUGUCUACAGUGUCUACCUGGGCAACAAUGCUGUGGUGAUUUUCCGAGGAUACCAGAUGGUCAAAGAAGCUCUAGUCAACCAUGCCACAGAGUUUGCAGACAGACCUUCAGACCCGAUAUUUCACGCAAUAAGUAAAAACAAAGGCAUUUUGUUUGCUUAUUAUGGAAAGUCCUGGAAAGAGAAACGUAGACUUAGCCUCAGAAUGAUGAAGAAUUUAGGGAUGGGUAAAAUAUCCAUGGAGUCUACAAUCCUGGAAGAGUCCAAGUACUUGCUAAAAAGUUUUGAAGACAUGAGUGGGCAGAGCUUUGAACCAAAGUCAACGCUAAGAGAGGCUGCAUCCAACAUCAUCUGUUGUAUUCUUUUUGGUAAUCGUUUUGAUUACAGCUUUGCCAUGUUUGCCAAUUUAAUCGAACGUAUUGAUAAAGCUACAAAACUUAUUGGUGGAUUUUGGGGAGAGGUCUACAAUGGUGUUCCUUUCAUCAGAUGCCUUCCUUUACCACAUCGAGACAUUUUCAAAACCAUAUCCAUGGUCCAUAAUUUCUUAAGGAUCAUCAUAAUGGAUCAUAAAAAGACAUUGAAAGUGGGUGAGCCACGAGACUUCAUUGAUCUCUGCAUUGAAGAUAUUAAUAAGAAACAAAAUGAUUUCCCAUUUGAUGAUGAAAGCAUGCUUUUUGUACUGACCGAACUCUUUUUGGCUGGAAGUGAUACUACUGCAAAUACCCUAGAGUGGGCAUUACUACUUAUGAUGGUAUACCCUGAGAUUCAAGGUAAGAUGGAGAUACAGUGA